GCAAAGCUCCCGUCUUUCCCCCGCACGCCACGCAAAACCCAGCCAGACCCUCCGCCCCCGCCUCCGCCUCCCCCGAAUCCCCUCCUCCGUCGGCCGCCCUCCCGUACGCCCCCCCCCGACCAGACGGACAGCAUGGCGGCGGACUGAAGCGCGCUCGCGGCUCCGUCGGCCGGCGCUCUCGGGCUGCAUUGGGCCAGAGAUCCGCCCGGAUCUGGGCGUCUCCAGCUCCAGAGAACAGAGCAGUAGAUCACAACAUCACCAGAAGCCAUGGCGUCGUAUAAGCUGGGUGUGGAGGUCGCAAGCGCUCAUGACCUCAUGCCCAAGGACGGGCAAGGUUCUGCCAGCGCCUGCGUCGAGCUUACCUUUGAUGGUCAGCGGUUCCGCACGGCCAUCAAGGAGAAGGACCUGAACCCCGUCUGGAACGAGCGCUUCUACUUCAACGUCUCUGAUCCAACAAAUCUUCCCGAGCUCGCUCUUGAAGCAUAUGUCUACAACAUCCACAAGUCUGUCGAAGGCUCCAGGUCAUUCCUUGGCAAGGUCAGGAUCGCUGGGACCUCAUUCGUGCCCUUCACCGAUGCUGUCAUCAUGCACUAUCCACUGGAGAAGCGUGGGAUGUUCUCCCGUGUGAAGGGGGAAUUGGGCCUCAAAGUAUACAUCACAAAUGACCCCUCCAUCAGGGCUUCCAACCCUCUUCCUGCAAUGGACCCUGUUUUGAACAAUACUCCUCCAACUCAAGCUGAGCAGAUUGCUGCUGAUAUAACCGGUACUAAUCUGAAUGCUUCUCAGCGCCAUCAGGAGCACAGGCAUGAUGAAGUGAGAACCUUGCAUACCAUAGCUAAGGACGUACAGCAUCAUCAGCACCAUGGCCAUCUUCCAGCCUCUUUUGCUGAGCAACCCUCCAACUCCAAGUAUGGUGUUGAGCAAAUGAAACCUCAACCUCAACAGCCCAAGAUGGUCAGGAUGUAUUCAGCUGCCUCCCAGCAGCCCAUGGACUAUGCACUUAAAGAAACCAGCCCCUUUCUCGGUGGUGGACAGAUUGUUGGUGGUCGGGUUAUUGGUGGUGAGAAGCAUGCUAGUACCUAUGACUUAGUGGAGAGAAUGCAGUAUCUGUUUGUGCGUGUGGUCAAGGCACGGGACUUGCCUAACAUGGACAUCACUGGGAGCCUGGAUCCUUUUGUGGAAGUGAGAGUUGGAAACUACAGGGGCAUAACCAAGCACUUUGAGAAGCAGAGGAACCCUGAGUGGAAUGCUGUCUUUGCUUUCUCUAGAGAACGCAUGCAGGCCUCUGUCAUUGAAGUGUUGGUCAAAGACAAAGAUCUUGUCAGGGAUGAUUUUGUUGGCAUGGUGCGUUUCGAUCUGAAUGAUGUGCCAGUACGUGUGCCCCCUGACAGUCCACUGGCUCCAGAAUGGUACCGGCUUGUUCAUAAGGAUGGGGACAAGUCAAGGGGUGAGCUGAUGCUGGCGGUUUGGAUUGGCACCCAAGCUGACGAGGCAUUUCCUGAUGCAUGGCAUUCAGAUGCUGCUACACUUGAGGAUCCAUCUGCCGUAACACACAUGAAGUCGAAAGUUUACCAUGCACCCAGACUGUGGUACCUGCGAGUUAAUAUAAUUGAGGCCCAAGAUAUUCUGAUACAUGAUAAGACCCGCUAUCCAGAUGUUUUUGUCAGAGCACAGGUGGGGCAUCAGCAUGGGAGGACAAAACCUGUUCAGGCUAGAAACUUCAACCCGUUUUGGAAUGAGGACCUUAUGUUUGUGGCUGCUGAACCUUUUGAGGAUCACCUUAUUCUGUCGCUUGAAGAUCGUGUAGCUCCUAACAAGGAUGAGACACUUGGCCGCAUAAUUAUACCAUUGACGAUGAUUGAUAGGCGGGCUGAUGACCGUAUUGUCCAUGGGAAGUGGUUUAAUCUUGAGAAGCCUGUACUUGUUGAUGUGGACCAACUAAAGAGAGAGAAGUUCUCUAGUCGGCUCCAUCUCCGUCUCUGCCUUGAUGGAGGAUAUCAUGUUCUGGACGAGUCUACAAACUACAGCAGUGACCUCAGACCAACAGCCAAGCAACUCUGGAAGCCGUCGAUUGGUCUGCUUGAGCUUGGAGUCCUCGGUGCACAGGGGAUUGUUCCUAUGAAGACACGUGAUGGAAAAGGUUCAUCAGACACCUAUUGUGUUGCAAAGUAUGGGUCAAAGUGGGUGCGAACACGUACUAUCAUGAACAAUCCAAACCCCAAGUUCAAUGAACAGUACACUUGGGAGGUCUAUGAUCCGGCAACUGUCCUGACUAUUGGUGCUUUCGACAAUGGCCAGCUUGGAGAGAGGCAUGGGGACAAGCCAUCCAGUGGUAAAGAUGCGAAAAUCGGCAAGGUUCGAAUUCGCCUUUCAACACUUGAAACUGGCCGAGUAUACACCCACUCAUAUCCUCUGCUGGUUCUGCACCCAUCAGGGGUGAAAAAGAUGGGUGAACUGCACCUAGCCAUACGAUUUUCCUCAACGUCAUUGGUCAACAUGCUGUACCUGUACUCCCGACCUUUGCUGCCGAAGAUGCACUAUGCACGCCCAAUACCAGUGCUUCAGGUUGACAUGCUCCGCCACCAAGCUGUCCAGAUCGUGGCUGCCCGUCUCAGCCGUAUGGAGCCACCUCUGAGAAAGGAAGUUGUUGAGUACAUGUCAGAUUUUGACUCUCACUUGUGGAGCAUGAGGAGAAGCAAAGCAAACUUCUUCAGGCUGAUGAAUGUCUUCUCAGGCCUGUUUGCCAUCAGCAAGUGGUUCAGUGGUGUCUGCGCAUGGAAGAACCCCAUUACCACCGUGCUGGUUCACAUCCUCUUUAUAAUGCUGGUGUGCUUUCCAGAGCUCAUACUCCCAACAGUAUUCCUGUACAUGUUCCUGAUAGGGAUCUGGAACUACCGUUACCGUCCUCGCUACCCUCCGCACAUGAACACCAAGAUCUCUCAUGCAGAAGCUGUUCACCCAGAUGAACUUGACGAAGAGUUUGACACAUUCCCCACAAGCCGGAGCCAAGAGGUUGUAAGGAUGAGGUAUGAUAGGCUGAGGAGUGUUGCUGGAAGGAUACAGACUGUUGUUGGCGAUAUCGCAACCCAAGGGGAGAGAGUUCAGGCACUGCUUAGUUGGAGGGAUCCUCGGGCCACAGCAAUAUUUGUGCUAUUCUGUUUCAUAGCUGCGAUAGUGCUGUACGUCACACCGCUCCAGGUUCUCGCAGCAUUAGGAGGGUUCUAUGCCAUGAGGCACCCGAGGUUCAGGCACAGGUUGCCUUCAACGCCAGUAAACUUCUUCAGGCGACUGCCAGCGAGGACGGACAGUAUGCUGUGAAGAAGCUACCAUCUGGUGGGCCUUAUCGUUGUAAUCCCUAGAAUUACUCCAUGUCUGUCGCUGUAGCUCGACUCGCCAUGUUGUUAUUUGUGACUGUUUGUCGUUCAGGACUUCGAGUCUGUCUAUCGUAUUAGGUGCUGGAUCCAGGGAAUAAUGUGCUGACAGCUUAUCAUGACUUGCCAGGUUUUGGAAGCAUGCUCUGAUCGUUUAUGAAAUAUCUUGUUGUGUAA